UUUCCAAUGGGCCGGGGCCGCCGCCGCCGUCGCGGGGGGUGGAUGUUGCCGGCCCCCUGUUGUGAUGACAGGAGGAUGUGUGUGUGCCCCGGGCCCCGGAGGAUUGCGAUUCCGGCGCGGAGCCCGCGGCUGGCCCUGCUGUCCGAGGCGAUGCCGGCCCCGACCCGGCUGUUCUUCCCCCUGGUGCGGAACUGUGAACUGAGCAGGCUCUACGGCGGCGUCUGCUACUGUCACCACAAGCACCUCUGCUGCUCCGCCCCCCACGGCUCCCCGGACCGGCCGCGGUGCGCGCCCCAGACGGCGUUGGCCACUCUCUGGCGGCCCAGGGGGAGCGUGGAGCGGUACGCCUCGGCCCGGAGGUACGCGUCCACGCCCCAGAGGUUCUACCUGACCCCGCCGCAGGUCAACAGCAUCCUGAAGGCCAACGAGUACAGUUUCAAGGUCCCGGAAUUCGACGGGAAGAACGUCAGCUCCGUCCUGGGGUUCGACAGCAACCAGCUGCCGGCCAACGCCCCCAUCGAGGACCGGAGGAGCGCGGCCACGUGCCUGCAGACCCGGGGCAUGCUCCUCGGGGUGUUCGACGGCCACGCCGGCUGCGCCUGCUCCCAGGCGGUCAGCGAGAGACUCUUCUACUACAUCGCCGUGUCCCUCUUACCUCACGAGACCCUGCUGGAGAUCGAGAACGCGGUGGAGAGCGGGCGGGCCCUCCUCCCCAUCCUCCAGUGGCACAAGCACCCCAACGACUACUUCAGCAGGGAGGCCUCCAAGCUGUAUUUCAACAGCCUGCGGACUUACUGGCAGGAGCUGAUCGACCUCAACACGGGGGAGACGGCCGACGUCAAGGAGGCCCUCGUCAACGCCUUCAAGAGGCUGGACAACGACAUCUCCCUGGAGGCGCAGGUCGGGGACCCGAACUCUUUCCUCAACUACCUGGUGCUGCGGGUGGCGUUCUCCGGGGCCACGGCCUGCGUGGCCCACGUGGACGGCGUCGACCUGCACGUGGCCAACACCGGGGACAGCCGGGCCAUGCUGGGCGUCCAGGAGGAGGACGGCUCCUGGUCGGCCCUCACCCUGUCCCACGACCACAACGCGCAGAACGAGGACGAGGUGGAGCGGCUGAGGCUGGAGCACCCCAAGGCCGAGGAGAAGAGCGUGGUGAAGCAGGACCGGCUGCUGGGCCUGCUGAUGCCCUUCCGGGCCUUCGGCGACGUCAAGUUCAAGUGGAGCAUCGACCUCCAGAAGAGGGUCAUCGAGUCGGGCCCCGACCAGCUGAACGAUAACGAGUACACCAAGUUCGUCCCUCCCAACUACCACACGCCCCCCUACCUCACCGCCGAGCCGGAGGUCAUCCACCACCGGCUGAGGCCCCAGGACAAGUUCCUGGUGUUGGCCACCGACGGGCUCUGGGAGACCAUGCACAGGCAGGACGUGGUCAGGAUCGUGGGCGAGUACCUGACGGGCGUCCACCACCAGCAGCCCAUCGCCGUCGGGGGCUACAAGGUGACCCUGGGCCAGAUGCAGGGCCUCCUGACGGAGAGGAGGGCCAAGAUCUCCUCCGCCUUCGAGGAUCAGAACGCGGCCACCCAUCUCAUCCGCCACGCGGUCGGCAAUAACGAGUUCGGGGCGGUCGAUCACGAGCGCCUCUCCAAGAUGCUCAGUCUUCCCGAAGAGCUGGCUCGGAUGUACCGGGACGACAUCACCAUUAUCGUGGUCCAGUUCAACUCCCACGUCGUGGGUGCGUAUCGACACCGGGAGUAGGGCUCCCCCGGGGCCGGGGGGGGUGGGCCGCCGGCCAACACCCCCACGGGCGGGUUUGGACCGGAGCGGCCCGCCGCUCGGGCCGGCAGAUGAAAAUACUAACCCGAGAGCAGGUGGGGGGCGCCGGGGGGUCUGGGGGUCCACCCGAAACGUUGGCUCGUUUGAUGCCCCGAGCGGGGAGACGGGGAGAGGGCCGGCGAGCGGGUGCAUCCGGGAGGAUGGCGGAGUUGAAGGCCUCGGCCCGGGCAAGGCGGGGGUGAUCUGAGAUGGGCAAAGAAGAAUUCUGUGAGGAGAGACCUCUCAGAUUAGACGUUCCUCUAAGGAUAGAUUUCCUUUCGUCCGUCUGUGAACAGCAACCUGGAAUGAGCUCUUGAAUAGACGUAGACAGGAAAAAGAAAAAAAAAAAAACAAACCCCAAACGCAGUGCGCGGCGUCCCGGCCGUUGAAAGGAGGAAAGGCUGUUGACCGACGGCGCUGUCGGCCGGUUUCCAUUUAGAGUAACGUUUUUGGUUUUGUUUUUUCCCCUCACCAACAUGAUGCUUUUUGACGUCGUUCUUCCGUUGUGCGAUUUUUUCUUUCCCCCCCCCGCUUGUGAGCAUUUGCACAUUAUUCGUCUAUAUUUGUCUUGGUGGGGAAGAUGGUAGCUGUCGAGUACGAGAAUUUCAGACCCCGAAACUAAGAAGUCUGAAGUACUGUGAAAGUCAUCUUGAUUUCCUUUAGAAAAACGGGUCAUAUUUUAUUGCUCUCCCACGAUAUAAUUUAGGCACGUUUCGACUGCUACACUCUGAAGACCAAGUAUUUUUGCAUCUCAGCAUCAUCUUGGUAUUAAAUAAAGGGCGGGGGUGGGUUAAAAAAAAAAAAAAGCAACCCAGGAAGCAUUUCGCAACAUCUACACGUGAAGUGAAAGUGAGUGUCUGGCCCUUGCCAUGGAUGAGAAAAUCUUCAGUUGGGAUAACUGUGAUGUAUCCCGAAGUGAUUAAAAGCACUUUACCACCUCCAUCGCGGUUUCACACCAGGGAGUUCCCUGCGGGUUUGAUUAGAUUUUAAUGUUCUCUCCAAGCGGGAGAGGGAUCUCUUUAAUGUCUUGUUGGUGAUUAAAAAAAAAGAAAAAAAAGGUCAUCACUUGUUGAGCUUGAAUUAUGCCCCGUGUUUGGGAAGUCUGCAGCGGGAGGAGGAGGAAAGAUAGGGAUGUAUGCUUUUUCCCCUCGGCGUCAAGUCGGUUUCAGAUCUCCGAUUUAAAGAUUACCAAGUGCUUGAAACAUUCUGUGGCUUGUAAAUAGGAAUGUUCAAAAUACGCAUGUCUUAUAUUUAAUAAUCGACCGCGUUAUCAUCGGCCAAAAUACCUUAUUUGAUCAGCCUCAGUGAAGGGUGUCCCUUAUACCCACUGUGUCUGAGUAGAUGGAAGUACAUAUGAUAAAUACGCACAUGUUACCUUGUGGGAGCUCGUUUGAUCUACACAUAUCAGAAUACUUGGAAACUGGUACUUCCUCACCUUGUUUCAUUGUGGAUCAUUUACGGCUACGGACCUGUUUCCUCCGCCCUGGGCAAUACCGAUGGUCAAGGCCGGCCGUGACCGCCUGCUCCGUUCUGAAUUAGAAUGUUCCCCGUUUCCCAUUGCACAUUAAUUGGGAGACUUGGCAUUCUUUUCAUUCAAGGUUUAAACUGAACAAAAACUGGAUGUGCACGGUCUCUCUCUGUGGACUCUAUUUUCGGGCGACAUACUCGCUAAAUCUGUUUUGCUUGAGAAGGUAUUUACAGAGGCUUGCAGGUCAGGGGAUCGGACUCGAGUUUCUGGACCGCUUCACCGGCCGGCGUAGAAACUCUCAAGGGGGUCCGGAGGAAACGGAAAGGGCUCGGCCUUAUUUUCUACUCAGGAUGGGGCAAAGGCAUCUCUCGCUUAAUGUCACGAUGCAUCUCGGCGGGCUGUCGGAACAGAAGACCCCGUAUCGUUGACGUCCCUUCGGUCGUCGGAUGGCACGGAAGCCGGUGAAUCCGGCCUCCUGUCGGUCUGACCGGGGCGAUCCGUCGUUUUCUUCCAUUCUGUCUGAGAAUGUAAAAGCUCAGUCCUCUGCGAAAGCUGAAAGUGCCCAGUCCGGCGAUGAACCUUUAAAAAAAAAAAAAAAAGAGUCAAAUUGGGUGUGGGUAAUUGGAUUGGUGAUUCGUCCAAAAGUAAGGAUCGAAUUCAGCCUCGUCUCUGUCAGGCGAUUUCCAGAACUGAAGUUCUUGGUGGUUAGUGAAGAGAUUCUGAUCUCUUCCAUUGCCCUGUUCCAUGUUGAAAGUCCCGAAUGUAUCUAAGCGGUUGCAGUAUUUAGCUUUUCUGAAAUUUUUCUACUUGGUUACAACUUUCUAGCAUAUGCACUCGACUACUGUAUUUAUAUUUAAUCAGCGGUUCAUGGUAUUAUUUAUAAAAAGCCCAUAACUAGUGAGAUGUAAGACUUAUACUGUGCACAAUACUUGGUAGGAGAAACUUUGUUUCAUAUGAAGGAUGUUCCUGUACAAGAUGAUGUGAAAUGGUGUUUAUAUAUAAUUUGGAGAAUUAUUAUUAAAUGGAUUAAAGCAUCAUAACUGCUUUCUCAA